AUGGCCUCUUGUGGUGAAGAGGGACUGCCAGAUACUGCUUCAUUUAUGAAGCUUGCAUUAGAACAGGUGAUGGAUGCACCAUUUCUUUUUGAUAUUUUUCCUAGACAACCCAGCCAGUCGGCGGAGCAGCUAGUCUCUAUUCUCUUCCCUCCUAUCUACUCUUCUUUCUCUUCCUCCCUUCCGUCUCCCUCUAUUCUCUGCUUCAGACAACCCAGCCAGUCGGCGGAGCAGCUAGUUGGUGCUCUUCGUUCGGCCUUCGUUGCUGCUCGUUCGUCGUCAACCUUGGGGGGGCAUAUUUUGUAG